UCUAGGGAUAUGAUUAUUCAUGUACUUGAAAUUACGAGGUAUACCCACCGUUACUUUUUUCUUCUUUGUUUAUAUUAUAUAUAUAAUUUAUAUUGAUAUUGCUUCAGAGUCGAGACGUUUCAAAGUCGUAGAGUGGAGACCAAACCAUAUCUAAACUCUUUUCAAUAAAUGACGGUGCUUCUUGUUUGAAUAUUUCUAUUCACUAUCAUAUAUAUAUAUAUUCCAUAAAUAUAUUUAUAGGGUACACGAUAUUGUCAUCGCGAAAGGAUUUCGGUGGCGGUGGAAACAAUACAAAACAAAGAAGAAAAGAAAAAACAGAGGUGAAGAUUGAGAUUGUUACCAAAGUUGAAGAUUUAUGUGUGUUCUAAAGGUGGCGAACUCAGGGGACAAUAAGCUUAUUAUUAGCAAUAAUAAUAAUAAUAAUGGGGAGUAUAAUUGGUUGAACGAAUCACCGCUGUUUUAUUCAGGUGAACCGAUAAUGGCAACGGGUUUUGGGUUAAUGGAUAGGGAGAGGGAAAUGAAUGCCAUGGUUUCUGCUCUAACCCGAGUCGUUUCGGGGGAUUCAACCGAUUUCACUGGUCGCCAUCACCAUCACCCAAAUCAAUGGUUGGAGAUGAGUGCUUCUGCGUCGUCUGACAUGGGUUCGGGUUCCGGUUCUGGUUCCUAUGGUAAUAAAAGGGGAAGAGAUGAAGGAGGAAGUGACUUGUCAACUGAGUCUGUUUCCAGACUUUGUAGGGCAUUUGGAGAUCAUCCCUUUCCAACUCAAGCCUCUAAUUCAGCUUUAGAAGAAACAUCAUACAUGUGGAGAAGCUGCACUGGACCAACACAAACGACGUCGUUCACUUCAACAUACGAGUACCACCAAGAAUUCCCCCAACGACAACAACCAGAACAAGAACAGCCCAGAAGAAAAUACAGAGGAGUGAGACAAAGGCCAUGGGGAAAAUGGGCUGCUGAGAUAAGAGAUCCUUUCAAAGCUGCCAGAGUCUGGUUAGGCACAUUCGACACAGCCGAAGCUGCCGCCAGAGCAUACGACGAAGCUGCCCUGCGUUUCAGAGGCAACAAAGCCAAACUAAACUUCCCGGAAAACGUACGGCUCCGAUCACAUCCCGGAAAUCCGGCGGGGACCCAGUUGGUUGUUUCCGACUCCACGAAUACCCUUUUGUCGGUUUCCACUUCGGCUGAGCCAAUCGUCCAUUCCCAAGUUCAGCUCCGUAGUUGUACCCUGUCAAGUUCUUCCGACGUCGUUUCGAGAAAUCUGCAGAGUUACUCUCCUCAUGUUUUGAAUUCAGAGAGGACAAUGAGCUUGUAUGACCAAAUGGUUCUGUCGCAAUCGGUAGCUUCACAUGUUUCCUCGUCGUCUUCUUUGUCACCUUCUGCAUCUUCUUCUCCAUUUUUUUCUUCCUCUGUUUCUUCUUCUUCUCCCUCACUACAGUUGCCAUCAUUUUCUUCGUCGUUUUGGGCCCAACCGCCGGUUCAGCUCAGACCAGCUGCUUCUGAUAGCAGCCCUUCAAAUUUUCCGGCGGAGCAGUAAAAAGGGGUUCGAGGCAAAUACUACUUCGUCAAGCCGACUAAUUAAUUCGAUAACCAAGAAAAUAUUAAAAUAAUUUCUUGGUUUUUGUUUUCCUUUUUUAUUAGCUCAUGAACACUUUUCUUUUUUGACGACACUCCUUUGUAUACUUUUCGUACUCAUUUGAUUAUUUGUUUAGCUCAAUUAUGAUGUUUAUUAGACAUUUGCAAUUUUUUUAUCGACUAGUAGUUGAAUUAAUAAUUAUAUUUCGAUCAACCAUUUAUUAUUA